AUGUCUAAUGGUGCCGAUCGAAUUGAGCCUCCAUGGACUCCGCCGUCCCAAUUACCCUCUAAUCAUGAAAAAGGCGCUGGUAACGAACUGCGCGACAACUCGCUUGAAUACUCGCGUGAAUACUCGCCUGACGACUCUGGCGACUCGGUUGAAGAACUGAGCAUGUCCGAAGAACAGGACAAAGUAGACAAUGACGAUGAAGAGGUAGACACUCGUCCCAGUGAUCUAGUUCGGAUCAUGAGCCGCGCUGGCAUUCAUUUCGCCAACGGAUUCGCGCUGGAUGAUGAUCACGAGCCUCGUGAUGCCCCGUCAGCGCAUGGUGCCGACUUUGAUACAUAUGCGGACGAUGAUUACGACUAUCCUUAUUGGCAACGCCGCCCUCCUACCCACAAUCGCACCAGCUUGGAUGAAUUGCAUCCGUUCGUGCAACUCCUUUCCGCUUCAAACGUUGAUGACUGUGUAGAGGUGGAGAAAGCUUUUCCCGAGGCCGAGCGUUGCUCUCGAGAUAAAUUCCUCUAUCGCCUCAACCGAUGCCCCGAACUCAGCUUGGGUCUGUUCACUCUGCCUCUCAAGGAUGAUACAAAACCUAAACCUCGGCCGACUCUAGUCGCACAUCUCAUUGCCACCCGCACGUCGGAGACUCUGGUGACAGAUCGCUCCAUGCAACUUCCCACCAACUGGCAAAAUGAGAUAUUGUCUACUAAAGACGGAAAGGUGAUCGGCCAUGAAGUUGGAGGUCGCACUAUUGCUAUUCACUCGCUGGCUGUGCUGCCAGAACACCAGGGCAAGAGGGUUGCCACCACCCUGAUGAAGUCUUACAUCAACCGUAUUCAAGAUGCUUGCAUUGCCGAUAGAAUCUCAAUCAUCGCUCAUGACAAUCUUGUCCCUUUCUAUGAGUCAUUGGGCUUUAAAUCUCAGGGACCUAGUGAGUGCCAGUUUGGUGGUGGUGGCUGGGUGGACUUGGUUCUGGAACUCCCCGAAGAGCAGUACCAGAAGUAA